UUCACACUUUUCGUAAUGCUCUCGUGUGCUGCUGUCUGCUGUCAGCUUGACUAAUACUGUACUAAUAUUGGUGCUUUGCUUGAGCUCCCGCAGCCUGACAGAAAGGGAGCAAGUGCUGAGUGCUGAACCUUGCCACCCUCCAAAUCCCCCAACAUGGCCGCCAUUGCUGCCAAGGAAUGCGUUGCUUUGGCAUCAUCAGCAUCUGAACAGAUCGAAUCUAUAGCCAGCAAAGUUCGAAGCGAAAACAAGGAAACCUUUGACGAUAUAGAUAAGAACUGCGCUGGAGUCACGUCCAUUGUGAGCGUGGUUUGUGCGGAGUUCAAAGACCUGGCAACCUCCGCCUUCUUCCCAUACCUCUUUGUGACAUUUGCCCUGAAUAUGCCACCAUUUGCCUACGGUCUAGUGUCUUUCUUUUCCCCAGAUUGCCGUUCCCAAUGGCUCUUCUUCAACACACUUCUGACAGCCAUGCACUUGGGGGUAUCAGUCUACACAGUGCAGCUGAUUCGAGAAAUUCCCCGGCCCCAAGAAUCGUUGUCAAUUGAUUUGACACCCAUGACCAAAGAGGGUGUUGAUUCCUCGAGCCUUGAAACACCGUACGUCACUGUGGACCAUCCCCGUGGAAGCUCUAGAACAGUCAGAUCCGACCAGGCUUUUGCCAGCACAGCCCCUAAUUCAUGGGAUCGCAUUCGCCUGGUCCUAUUGUAUGACAGGGUCUUGGCAGUGUAUUACCUUCUUUGUGUGGUCUGGGCUUGUUGGCAAGUGAUUGGUACCCGACGAGUAGUUGAUGGCACAAUCAACAAGGCUGGAAAUCGAUUGGUUAUCCUAUCAGUGGUGUGUGGCUUUCUUUACAUGGGACUUGGCAUACUGUCAUGGACCUGUUCGCUAUUUCUUCUGAGGUACUACAAUUUACAACGAAAGCAAAGCAAAAACGUAAAGCCCCUGAGUCUUCAUCAGCCCGAAACGGACGUUACCACUAGUAUGCCCAACAUUGCUGACAACAUGGAAGAAGUGAAGCGCAAGCUUCAAACUUUAGUAGACAAUGGUGAGUGUCCCCCCGGCGAUGAGGAAAUGGGUGUCACUGAAACGGAAGAGAAUCAGUCCGGUCAGAAAGAGCUGGCAAUGAAUGAUGCUGCUGCAGAAAGUUUGUCAUGAUGACUGGGGGUAUUAGUGAAUGACUGUGCAUAAGUUCGUUGACUGCGUAAAUGUGAGACGGUGCGAUGGAUUUGGUCGGCCCAUCUUUUGCAUUAGCCUCCCUACUAAAAAGCUAUAGAACCGUUGUUUGUACAC